UACUUCUCUUGUCAGCUGUCAGAAUUCAGAAACUUUCCACUUAUCGUUUCUUGAGAAAGAUAUUUGUUUCACAGGUUGUUUGCAAUUAUAUUAAUUAGCCAUGGGUUGUGAUGGUGGAACAAUACCUCGACGUGAUGAAUUAGUUAGAGUGAAGAAGAAGCCUGAAGCUAAAGACAAGGACUUCGAAUUAGCUUUCCAAUGGCGUUGUUGUUAUCUAUCGCAACAAGUCUUACAAUCGCCGAUAGUUAUGUGCGGGCUUGGCCAUUUGUAUAAUAAAAUUGGGUUAAUCGAGGGAUUGUUGAACCGUGCAACUCUCCCUCAGGGUGUUAAGCACAUUAAAAGUUUAAAGGAUGUGAAAAACUUAAAUUUGACACCAAAUCCAGAGUACAAGUCUAAGGACGAGAAGAAGGAGGGUGGUGUAGAUACCCGCUCCGCUCCAUACAUUUGCCCAGUUACUGGCUUGGAAAUGACUGGAAAAUAUAGAUUUGUGGGCUUAUGGUCGUGUGGAUGUGUGUUCUCCGAGCGAUCACUGAAGGAAAUUACUGGAAAUGUUUGUCAUAAAUGUCAAAAAGAAUACAAUAAUGAAGAUGUUGUGGUCUUAAACGGUAACGAAGAAGAUUUUGUGAUUAUGAAGAAAAAUAUAGAGAAUAGACAACAGAAGCAAAAACAGGAGAGGGAAAAGAAACUGGCACCAAAACCGGCUACUGUGGUAAGCAAAACUGAAUGUGCGUCAACGAGUCAGAUAAAAUCUGAGAGUCUGCCACAAAUUGCACCAACUGCUGCCGUUAGAGGCGUUGUGAAGCGAGAAGGCAGUACUGAAGCUCUGAAAGAAAAAGCGAAGAAGGUUAAGAAGGAUUACAGUGUUGCAAAGGACCCUCAAGCCUCGGAUGUUUACAAGUCGAUUUUUACCACACACUCGUCUGAGAAGCAGCAAAAUCGUGCCCACUGGAUCACAUACAACCCAUUUUAUAAUUAAUUGAGAUGAAUUUUAGUGUAGUUUUUUACAUUUAGAUGAGAAAAUAUUUUAUCCAAUGAAAUAAAUGUAAUUUUUAAGUCAUG